AGCGCACACGGCGCGGCGCCACCCGGUCCCGAUUCCCCGGCGCACAGGGCCGGUGCCUCCCUCACCUCAGACGCUGCCGCCGCCUCCGCGCUGCUCGGUCCCGGUCCUGGUCCCGGUUUCGGUCCCGGUUCCUCCCGUCCUCACCUUACCCGCCCUAGGCAGGGAUGUGUUUGGUUGUAUUUUGGGGAGAGCCGAGCCCUAGGAGCGCUUUCUGAGCGCCGCGGAUCUGCUGUAGCCUCUGUGUGUCCUCUGCCUGCAGGGUCAAGGCGUUCCCAUGGGAUAUUUUCCUUAAAUGCUCUCUCCCCUCAGCCGGUAACCUGGACUUUGCCCAGGAGGGGAAGAGCCUCGUGUUCCCGAAAAUGGCAGCUGAGACAUCCACAGAAGUUGGAAAAACUGCCAGACAGUUUGUCCUUAAGGAAGAGGUAAUUGUAGAAAGAAAAUGGUUGAAGCUUGAAGAAACAACUUACACUGAUCCCUUUGGUAAAACCAGAACUUGGGAAAGUGUAAAGCGUACUGGCAACAAAAAGGGUGUUUCAGCUGAUGGUGUAGCAGUGAUAGCAGUACUACAGAGGACUCUCCACUAUGACUGCAUUGUCCUAGUGAAACAGUUCAGGCCUCCAAUUAACAGAUAUUGCUUGGAAUUUCCUGCAGGCCUCAUUGAAGAAAAUGAGAGUGCAGAAAGCGCUGCAUUGCGAGAGCUGGAGGAAGAAACUGGGUACAAGGGGGAAAUUGUUGAAUGUACUCCAGCUCUCUGCUUGGACCCAGGUAUGUCAAACAGCACAACACACGUUGUGAGCGUCACCAUUAACGGAGAUGAGGCUGAGAAUAAAAGACCCAAGCAAAAACUUGAUGAUGGAGAAUUUGUGGAAGUUAUUUCACUUCCAAAGGCUGACCUCCUGCAAAGAAUCGAUGAGCUGGUAGCAGAAGAACACCUUGCAGUGGAUGCCAGAGUUUAUACUUACGCCUUGGCCCUGAAGCAUGCAGAAGAAAAACCAGUUCUUUUAUGAAGUCCUAAAACUGGUGAUGAGUUGAAAGCCGCCCCACUCAGAUGGCUUAGAAGUACAAUUCUUCUUGUAAUAAGGGUCCUUUGCUUUACUUGCAGAGCAAAACAAGAAGUAUUUAUAGGAAUGACCGAGAUACUUUUGUCUGGAAUAAUGUAACUGACAAAAAUGAUUUUUUUUCUAACUGCUCUAUCGAACCUUGACAGAAUAAUCGUAAUAAAAAUGCUGUUUAGUUUUCAGAAUGGC